GCGCCUCGCCUCGAGCUCGUCCUGUGAGACAGCGGUGUGGGUUCAAAAGCCCAGGGAAACCGCGGGGGGCGGUCGGAUCGGCGCCCGGGAGCUCCCGCCGCGCCGGAACGCGGAGCCCGGAAGCGUCAGGCCGCCGGCGGCCAUGAACGGCUCCCUGCGACCGGGCGCCAGCAGCUGGCGACGGGCAGCCACCGUGGUGCUGGCCGCGGGCUGGGCGCGCCCGGGCCCCGCCGCCUCGCCGCCGCCGCCGCCGCCGCCGCCCGCCGAGGGCUUUCGGCUGCUGCUGCUGCAGCGCUCCGGGAGCCAAGGCUUCUUGCCCGGGGCGCACGUCUUCCCGGGGGGCGCGCUGGACACGGCAGACCACUCGGCCGACUGGCGGCGCCUCUUCGCGCCGCACCACGGGCCGCCGCGUUUCGGCCUGGGCCCGCAGCUGUCGCGGCCAGCCUCCUUUCCGGGGCUGCCCGACGCCGCCGACGGGGACGAAGCGGCGCUGCCGGAUGACGUCGCCUUCCGCAUCUGUGCCAUCCGCGAGGCCUUCGAGGAGGCGGGCGUGCUGCUGCUGCGGCCCCGGGACGCCCUGCCCGGCGCGGCCGAGCCCGGACGCGCCCUCGCGCCGCCGCCGGGCCUGGACGCCUGGCGCGACCGCGUCCGCCGCGACCCGCGCCACUUCCUGAGCCUGUGCGCGCACCUCGACUGCACGCCCGACAUCUGGGCGCUGCACGACUGGGGCGGCUGGCUCACGCCGUUCUCGCGCCCGGGCGGCCGCCGCUUCAACACCGCCUUCUUCCUGUGCUGCCUGCGGGAGCCGCCGCCGGUCUACCCGGACUUGACCGAGGUGGUGAGCUGCCAGUGGUCGUCUCCAUCAGAGGCAACCGAGAGUUUCAUAUCGAAAGAAAUUUGGUUGGCACCCCCGCAGUUCUACGAAAUAAGAAGGCUUGGAAACUUUGCCUCUCUCUCUGAAUUGCACAAAUUCUGUUUGGAUGGUGCAUCGGAAGGGAUGGAAAGAUGGCUGCCUAUCACAUUAUUAACUGCUGAUGCAGCGGUCCAGCUUUUACCGGGAGACGAGCUGUACUUGGAAGAUUCAGACUUUGUAGAAAACGUUAUGUCCACUGAAAAGAAGACUGAAGAAAUCAUGAAGGAAGGCGAGACAUUUCACCGAGUAGUGCUACACAGCCACCAUGCGUAUAGUGUCCACGUGACUGUCCAGUCAAAGUAUAAACAUGUUUAUCCUAAGACCUAUGUCAUAAGUCAGAGCCGUUUAUAGAGGACUGCCUGUUCAUGAGCUGGCUUGCGUGAAGUCCUGUUGAAUACCGGACAUUGAGUGGACUCGCCUGGAGCAUAAGGACCUUUGUACAAUCUAGUACUGACAUUAGUCUAGUCUAAUAGAGCAUAAUACACAUUCCAAGUGUGUUA